AUGGCCGAUAGUGUCAGCCCUGCCACCAUGGAGGCAAUAAGCAGCAAACUGAUUCAGUGCUUUAAGCGCCUAGACCCAAAAAACCCAGGUGUUGUAGUUCGUUUCUACAAACCCGUCUUUGACGAGUCGGGAAAACGCAUCCUUAGAUUCGAAGAUCGCAGCCAGCAACAAUGCUAUCACGACAAGGUCGCUUCGGAAGGCCAGAAGAUCACCCGGGGCCCUCUUAAGCGAGGAGGCAAGCGCCUGUGUUGCUACCUCUUCCGCCUUCCUCUUCACCUUCGAUUUCAGAUUUACGGAGAGUUGUUCAAGCACGACGAGACGGCAAUUGAGAUAGGAAGACUCCGACGCACUGGCAUUGGAAACCUGGCCAUUCUCAGAGUGUCGCAUGAUAUCUAUCAUGAGGCUUCAAUAGCCCUAUAUCAUUCCCUCAGCUACCGCAAGGUGUUUGUCAGAACAUAUGGCGUCUUCACUGCAAACAUCCUGACGCGUUUCCCCAAGCCCUUGCCUUGCUGUGGUCACAGGCAGCACAGCGGGAUCAAACGCGUCUGCCGCAUCCACAAGGCUGGAUGGUAUCGACCACUUGGGUCUGUUUUGUUCUUCCUUGGGGCGACAGAUCUCAAGAUUGCCUUGCAACGCCGUUGGUCGUUUGAAGAGUUCAUCACUAUCUUGACCAACAAUGAACCGCUUCACAUCUAUAAACUGUCUAUUGUCGUCACCGAGAACUGGAAGGUGAAUGGCUUUGACGAGAGACAGCUGAUCAAAUGUCUAUCCAGCGGAGCAUUUGAAUUCCUCGGCGUGUUGAACUUCAGAGGUUUUACAGCAGACGAACGGGACGUCAUCGAAAAGUUGCUUCACGAGCACAAACUCCCCAACGCUAGAAUCGAAAGAGAGAAGAGGGAUGUAGGGGCCAGGACUCUGCGUCCUAGUUUGUGA